CUCCGACACCAGCUCCCAUGCCUGCACCCGCACCACCACCACUUCCAAAGCCGCCUCCUGCACCUCCGCCGGCUCCAAAGCCACCUCCUACGCCAGCUCCACCUCCAAAACCGCCACCUAUACCACUGCCAGCUCCGAGGCCGCCUCCAAAACCACUACCUGCACCACCACCGCCUCCGAAGCCGCCACCCAUUCCAACACCAGAACCUGCUCCAGCACCAAAUCCACCACCACUGCCACCUCCAAAACCACCGCCUUUUCCUCCACCGCCUCCAAAGCCGCCUCCCAUUCCAGCACCAGAUCCGGCUCCAGCACCAAAUCCACCACCGCUUCCACCGCCACCUCCAAAACCACCGCCCUUCCCUCCACCUACACCGUUGCCACCUCCAAGGCCUCCACCGUUGUCAUCGCCUAUGCCUCCCCCGGAACCACCACCCAUACCGCCGCCGCUACCAAAGCCUCCACCGCUCCCGCCACCUAUGCCUCCGCCCGAACCACCACCCAUACCGCCACCAAAGCCUCCACCGCUUCCGCCACCUACGCCUCCACCGGAACCACCACCCAUACCCCCGCCGCCACCUAUGCCUCCACCGGAACCACCACUCAUGCCACCUCCGGCUCCAAAACCUCCACCGCUCCCUCCACCAAUGCCACCACCAGAGCCACCACCCAUGCCGCCUCCGGCGCCGCCUCCAAGACCUGCGCCGCUACCAACACCACCUCCUGCGCCACCACCAGCACCGAAUCCGCCGCCGCUGCCAAAUCCUCCACCACCACCUGCGCCAGCUCCUCCUCCAAGUCCCCCGCCACCACCAAUUCCUCCACCAUCUCCAGCUCCAGCUCCUCCUCCAAGUCCACCACCAGCGCCCAUUCCUCCGCCAGAUCCUCCUCCAAACCCACCUCCACCACCGCUACCCAUGCCGCCGCCAGCUCCGCCUCCGAAUCCACCUCCACCACCAGCGCCAACACCACCACCCGCUCCCGCUCCACCUCCGAGCCCACCGCCCGCUCCCACACCUCCUCCGCUUCCAAACCCUGCACCGGCACCGCUGCCCAUGCCGCCGCCGGCGCCACCUCCUCCCCCAAACCCACCACCGCCUCCCAUACCUCCGCCUGCACCGACAUGACCGCCCGCUCCACCUCCAGCACCAACGCCGCCUCCCAUCCCACCACCUACGCCAACGCCAGCACCCUUGCCGUGCUUCUUCUUGUCGCAGCCCUCCGCCUCCGGCCCAACCGUGCCCGUGGUCCACACCACAGGCUUGUCCCACGCCGCAGCACUCGCCGCCCACGCAAGCGCCAGCAGCAGCAGGCACGCCAUUGCCCGGCUCCC